AUGCCUCCACAAACAAUGCUUCGUUUCGGUUCGACUGAUAACAUAUCCAAGCGAACGAUUCCCGUUGUUGAUCCGGUAGAACAAUCGAAAAGAGAAUCGCGUAAAAUAGGUAGAAACUCGCAUUCACAACAACAACCUUCGCACAAUAUUAGAUCAUUGUCCGAAGAGUCCGCCGAUGCCGAAUCGGGAUGGUCAUCGGACAGGUCUCAUUGGAAGCCGCGAAAGUAUACCCGUAACUCUAACCGUCGCGAACGUGUGCCUACUGAUGAAUGUGAAUCCCGAUUGAACAGCUUACAGAAUAAAGAACUAGAAAAAGUGAAGCAAUCAUUCAAAGUGGCAGAAGAGACUCUAGACACCACGAACUGGAUUAGUCAUAGAAUUGAACUGGCAGAUGAAGCCAAAAAGCUUCCCCCAGUACGAAUUAAUCCCUUCCCGAAUUCACCGAAAAGACAAGAACAGAUCAAUGAGGAACUGAAUCGAAUGCUAGAACGUAAAAUCAUCGAAAAGUCCUACAGUGACUGGGCUUUACGCCUAGUCCCUGUAGACAAACCCGAUGGUUCGCUGGCACAGCGCGGUGGUAGUCGUGGAGUAGUCCAUCGUUCCGGCGGCGGUGACAAACCAAGGCCAAGCCGUGCACAUAUUGGAAUAUCCGGUGGCGGAGGUUUCCGUUCAAAUCGGGUUACGUCAGGUGGUGGCGGUGGUGUCUAA